AUGGCGCCCACAACCCAUACUCCUCUUCUUCGAUCCUCCUCACCAUCAUCCUCCCUCCGAUCCCCAUCCGAAUCCUCCUCUGUCUUCCGCUCCCAAAAGACUCGAAAACAAAAUAUCAUCCGCUACACCUCCUACGCAUCCGCCAUCCUCUCAUGCCUCUGCGCAGGUUCCAUCACCGCUUAUUCGCUCUAUGGUCAUUUAUUCCAAUCGCGUUUGCAUUAUACCCAGUUACAGGUUAAUAUUGUUAUUAUUGCUGCCGAAUUGGCUAUGUAUCUACCAGUCCCCGUCUUUGGGUAUCUGUGUGAUCGUGUUGGUCCGGCGCCGUUGUCUCUAGGGGCGGGUAUUAUGUUUGGGGCUGGAGGGGUAUGUGACAGAGAGGGGGUGGCCGAUCAUUUGGAUGGUGCUGGCGUUUAUGAUUAUUGGGAUGGCGACGACGUGUAUGUAUAUUAG